CGCAUGCCCACCUUCUCCGAGCUGCUGGACGAGCGGAAUUUCCGCAAGAUGCAUAUGGCUGCUUGCCUAAGGUGGUUGGGCGUGAAUGUGAGUGGCUACAACAAUGAAGGCGCUGGCGGGCAUGUGACUGUUCGCGACCCCAUCAAACCGCACCUCUUCUGGAUCAAUCCCUUCGCGCGCUCCUUCUCCCACAUGAAGCCCGAGGACCUAUGUCUCGUGGACGAGGAUGGAAUCGUGCAGCCCGAGGGCAACAUGCACGCCAUCAACCCCGCCGGCUUCGCCAUCCACGCCGCCGUCCACAAGGCUAGACCGGAUGUCAUCUCCGCCGUGCAUUGCCAUUCCAUCCCUACCAAAGCCUUUUCCGCGCUCGGGGCGAGACUUGAGCCGAUUAACCAGGAUGCCUGUCGCUUCUACGAAGACCACGCCAUCUACGACAACUUCGGCGGCAUCGUGCUCGCGCACGAAGAAGGGCGCAAAAUCGCCUCCGCCCUGGGGCGCAACAAAGCCGUCAUCCUGCAGAACCACGGCAUCCUGACUGUCGGCAAAACCGUCGACGCCGCCACGUACCUCUUUGGCGCCAUGGAUCGCUGCAUCGAGGCGCAGCUGCAGGCUGAUGCCGCUGCUGCGGGUCGCGGGACGAAGACGAUUAAGAUUUCGCAUGAGGAGGCGGUGUAUACGCGGAGG